AUGCCCAUCUUCCAGCUUGAUGUGAAAUCGGCCUUCCUUAAUGGUGAACUACUUGAGCAAGUCUAUAUUGAGCAGCCUCCUAGCUAUGUGAUUAAAGGGCAGCCUACAGCACCUUCAAGGUGGCCUUCAGUCCUCACACUUUCGGUGUUCCAGAAACCAAAAACAUUUGGCCAAUUGGCCAAGUGGGCAAUAGAGCUGGGAGAGUUUGACGUACAGUUUAGGCCGAGACCUGCCGAGAAAGGCCAAGUUGUUGUCGACUUCAUCUCUGAACUAACAUUUUCGGUGACAACCGAGCCAACAAAUCUGUGUCCUCAUGCCGAAGAGCAUGGCGUACUAAGUCCCAAACCUUUUGAUCCUUUAAUCCCUAUAUGGACUUUGCACGUCGACGGCUCGGCAAAUCAACAAGGAUGUGGAGCUGGCCUGGUUUUAACUACGCCAGAUGGAGUCAAGAUUGAGUACGCCCUCCAUUUCAAUUUCAGAACGUCCAACAACAAGGCCGAAUAUGAAGCUCUUUUAGCCAGCCAUCGCCUAGCCAAAAACAUGAUAGCAAAACAGAUCAGCAUUCACAGUGACUCUCAGCUCAUAGUGAAUCAGCUAAUGGCAGACUUUGCAACUAAAGACAUUUCCAUGUCAACCUACAUGUCAACCACACACCAAUUGCUUCAGAAAUUCAAGGCUUACGAGAUUCGGCAGCUACCCAGGAUAGAAAAUAGUCACGCUGACGCAUUGGCCAGAUUAGCUUCGGCCAUCAACGACAAGGUCGGCAAAAAGGUGUCAGAGGAGAUUCUUGCCCACCCAAGUACAACAACUUCUGAAGUGUGUACCGUACGAUAUGAAAACACGUGGAUGUCUCCAAUCUACACUUACCUAAUGAACGGUACGCUGCCCAAUGAUAAGUCUCAGGCACAAAAGCUACGAUACCGAUCGACAAGAUAUACAGUCAUCAACGAUACCCUAUACAAGCGUGGCUAUAGCACGCCUUAUCUUAAAUGCAUCACUGCCGAACAGGGGAAAUACGUCCUCUGGGAGAUCCACGACGGCGUCUGUGGUGAUCAUUCUGGAUCCCGAUUGCUGGCACAUAAGGCAUUUCAGCACACAAGGCCCACUAUGCAUCAGGAUGCAAAUGCACUCGUAAAAAAGUGUGACAAAUGCCAACGAUUCGGUAGUAUACCUCACAUCCCUGCCGAGCCCUUAACUUCGAUUGUUAGUCCAUGGCCUUUUGCCCAAUAG